AGUUUCAUUCUAACAUUGAGAUUGAGUGGUUAGCUUCCGUGUUUUUUCGCGCGAUUUCUCACAAUAUCCAAAAGCUAUAAACAGCCGAUUUUUUUUAUUACUUCAAUCAGUUAGAAUUUUUUUCUAUUUCCAAGUAAAUUACUUAAAAAUCCGUGUCUUGUAAAAUUUUAUCGUAUUGAGAUUUUAUUUGUACAUAAAUGAUGAGCUUUGUGUUCCAUUGUGAAGGGAAAUUUAGACGGAAACUUGAAAAUGGUUUCAAGGUGAAUACAACGGAGUGGUCCAUGCGAGAGAGGCAGGUGAAGAGAUGCAAAAGUCGCGGGAAAAUCAAUCGAUUUGUCUGACUUCCCCAAAAAUAGCCCGUUCUCUUUAAAAUCUUCUGAGAGACUUCUCAUGCAAAGAAGUGCUGUUCAAGCAGCAAAAUUGACGAGAAAAAAUAAUUCAAGUGUGAUAAAUCUGUGGACGAUAAUAAAAUUGGUAAAUAUAUAGCUAAAAGAGAGUAAGAAAAAAUGGGUGGAGAACUUUUGAAUAUAUCUAGCAGAAGCAUAUCUGCAUUGCUGCAAAAUUAGUGGUUGGUUUUUUUGCACUUUUUACUCUGCGGGUGGUUUUUAGUGAGAAAAAAAAGUGUUUUAGGGACUGUGAUGGGAAGAUGCCCUUCGGACGGAGAUCACCGCUGGAGGCUCUGGCACUGCCAGGUGUCAUUUUGGCCUACAAAUACAGCCAAUUUCGCCAGAGAAGACGCGAGGCCGCCAAUCGGCGUGUCACCGAACGUGAACUCACUGCACUGCAUCACAAAAUUGAUAAACUCCUGAAUAAGCUGGAAGAGAGUGAACCCGAACCCCCAACGUCGCAGGAAGAUGAAUGUGUUAUAUGCAUUAAUGCACGUGCUACAAUGCAAACAUCCCCAUGUGGGCAUCGUGUUGUCUGCCGACGGUGCUUUGUUAAAACCAUCCAGGCCGCCGUGGCACAGAGACUCCUUCCUCUGCGGUGCGUGAUAUGUAGAGCACGCAUCAAUCGAUUGACUUCUGGUUCUGGGUCAUGGCGACUUCAGGGAUCAGCGUCGAGUUACUCAAUGGGCAGCAGCAAAAGUUGGGGGGUACCCGGAUCUGCCAGCUCAUACAGCAUGAAUAGCCGUGUGGCUCAGUCUGCAAGUCUCUAUUCCAUGAGCUCAGGCUCUUCGUGCGUAUCUGGAGUCUCCAAUACGUCCUCAUGCUCAGACAAUUCCACCACAUCUGGGCUGUCAUCCGCCUCUUCAGCUGGAUCACAUCAUAAGCAUAACAGCAGUUGCCCUAGUGGAUGCUUGGGUGCCAUCCCGCGCAAUCCAACCUAUCAGAAUCGUCCGACAAAGGGUAGAGAACGUGCACCAGAGCUGCUCAUGCGGUCACGUUUGCCAACAAUCAAGGAAUUCCGGAGUCCAGCACGACGUCUCCCAACCCCAUCUCCUGUUCACGUUUCAAAUCCACGACUAAGAUAUGGCACCUAUACGGGAAAAUCCACCAGCCCAACAGAUAUAAUUCCCCUCCUUGUUGCCGAAGCAUCCUCCACAGCACCACCGGUGGUUGCAAAGAGCCUCGGUGUGGGAUCGAAAGUUGCUCCAAUUCGCGCCAAAUCACCCAUUAGUGGCAAAAGUGUUUCAGUCAAGAGUAAAGCUGACCUCCCAGCGCCAUCCACAUCCAAAUCCACCACCCCUUCUGCCUCCAGCACAGCUCCAGGAAGUCUCAGCGAUGACCUCAAACGCCAGGAGGUACUCAAGAAGGAAGAAAAAGCACGACUAAAAGCGGAAAAGGAAAUGAGAAAGGAGGAGAAACGUAUUGCCAAAGAGGAGGAACGCCUUGCCAAGAUGCUGGCCAAGGAGGAGAAGAAACGAAGAAAAAAGGAAGGAUCUAUGGCCAAAGGAUUCUUCGGAUAGUUUAUUUAAAAUCAUUUAUGUAAGUUAUUAGUAAAGAAAAAAACUUGUGUCCGCCCUCAUUUCCUUCCUCUCAACACAAGAAAAAAAAAUUAAUUCACAGAGAAUUUCUCAAAGAGAAAGUUAUUUAGAAUGAAUUUUUAGAGAAAAAAAAACCAGCCGAUGCAUGAUUUUACAUUAAUUCCCUGUGAUGGUAUUUGCUGCAAAAUAUUUUUAAUAUUUAAUAAUUUCAUAAGUUAAUUUUAUCAUAACUUUGAAAUUGUGUUCUUUGUAUUUAAUAUUUCAUUUAAAAUAAAUAAUUCUCACAUUGAGAAAAUUUUAAACAUAAAUUCUUAAGGAGAAAGUUCUAAUUUAACUGCCAAAGUUACUCAAAAAGCGACAAUUUGAGUUUUUAUUUGAAGAUUUAAAAACAUGAGAAGCCCUAAAAAGAUUUUUAAAAGACUUUUAAAUUCAUUUUCCACUAACUUAUCCAACGGAAUGAAAAUAAAGGAGUCUAUUCAUUUUAGUUUAUAUCAAUGACGUCAAGUUUAAAAUGCGCGCUUUCUCUUAACUCUCACGGGGAAUGUAAAACACUCUUUGCAUCCUUUAUAUACAAGAAAAUGAACACGAAAAAUUAAA